AUGGCUGAGCCUACGCUAUGCCGAAAUUGUAAGCGGAUUCUCUAAGAAGAAAAAUGACGGCGAGCUCUCUGCGAACUUUACGAAACAUUCUACGAGAAUUAAGACUUGCAUCUCCUACUACGGGGCCCGUAAGAGAAGUCUUUGGCUACAAGUUUUUGUUGGAUGAAUAUCGUAAGACAAGGAAUGCUGACGAGGAGACGGUGAAGACAUAUCAAAGAGAUGCCAGUUAUUACUUGUGCUUGCUCAAAAAUGAACGUGUGAAAAAGGAACUGCAUGAAGUCUACAAAGGUAAAGGAGAACGACCUGUUGAAGAAGUUGCAAGAAUGGUUGGAUUUAAACUUCCAAAGACAUAUGAUAGCAGCUAAUGCUGGAACUAGAGGAGCCAUAUUAUCAAUCUUAGAGGAGUGUGUUGUCCAAAAAGAGGACUAAUUUAAGACAUGAACUUUAAUCUGAGUAUAUCUUACACUUGAAAGUAUGCUCCGCAGUCCCUGUAUAGGCAUUGGAGAUAUUUAUUCAGCGAGAAAACCUGGAGUUUAUUACCUUGGCCACAAUUUUGACACGCAGGAGUGGGACAUAGGGUAGUUGAAGAAAAAAAAAAAUUCCAAAAUGGCAAACAAAUAACAAAAUCCAGGUUUUCUUGCCAAAAUUAAACCCAAAUGCCUACAGACAGGCUACUCUGUGGUAUGAACCUGUGUAUUGUGCCCAAGUUGUGUCACAAAGUUUUGGUAAAACCCAAGUGGGCUAGGCCUGUAUCAGCUCUGUCUAACAGAAGUAAGGACUUGCCUGUUGGUCUGACUUGCUUUACAUUUGGUUUCCUAAGGCCUAGUUAAUGCGCUUUUCUUUCCAUAUGCCAUUCCUAAUGUAUAUGCAUGCAAAUGAAGAUGAAGCAAUCGACCUAGUCAUUGAUUUGCAUGUAGCAUAUGAACAAGGCCCCUAGGGGGGGGGGGGGGGGGGUUAGUCCCUAUAUCCAUUGGACAUGGAUCAUCUUUGUAUCUUUUAGGAUGUAAAUUUGAGCCUUGGGUAUCCUAUAGGGGUGAAAAUGAGAAUGCCCAGAUUUUUUUUAACUUGGUAUCUUUUAGGGUGCUAUUAUAGCCAUCGCUAAUCUAACUUGUAGCUCACGAAAGGUUGUUAAAAAGUCCCAAUCAGUGUUUUUAGAUCACUAAUUAUUUAUGUUUGUUUGAGGUAUCUUUUAGGGGGUAAAUUCAUACCUAAUCACACCCUCUUUGUCAUCUUUUAGGGUUAUAAUAAAACCAGACCACACCCA